AUCUUAAACAAAUUCGUCUCUCGUUUGUGACGGCCGGAAAUUUUUGCAGAUACCUUUUUGUGGAAGCUUACAUACCACUUCCCCUCUUGAUAAGUUACCAACAGAACUGUUUUUGUAAGGUUGCAUGAAUGCAAGGUGUAGCAAGUUUGGUUUUGAUGCCUCACAAAACUACUGAUUCAAGAAGCUCUGUGAGUUCAGCUUCUACAGAAGUUGGCACAAGAGAAAAGAGUCCUGUGGCACUUUCUAGCCCUUCAGAAACAAAGGCAAAAGAAGAUAAACAAACUCACACCUGCCCACAACAUCAAGGCAUUAAUUCUGCAGAUGAUGGAAAGAGCAGCUGCUCUAGGCCUCCAGCUACCAACAUCAGAGAUCUGUUUCUAUCAUUUGACAAAGUUCCAAUAGUACUCAGCAGCAGUCAUGCAUCAGCAGCACAAAAAUCCACAUGCCUGGUCCAAGAUGGAGACCGCUACAUUUUUUUAGUGGAAGACAACAGGAGUUCUAAAGCCAGCUCACUCUGUCAGGGAUCUGGUGCCAGGAAUGCAAAGCCUUCCGAUGAAGUGUCAGAGAAUCCAGAGCAGAAUGAAGAAGGAGAAGAUACUGAAUUUUCAGAUGGAGAAUCUGAGGCAUCACUUGAAGACGUGCGUCAACAUCAUGGAAUAAUCAAGACCCAGAAACAAGAUGACCCAGAUUAUUUAACACUGUUUGAAGCUCAUCAGAGGAGGUUAGAGGAUGUUGGCUCACAGGCACCAGGUCAGGGGUAG